AGAUGUGAUGCGUGAAGCCUUUGUUUGACUUGGUGUGAGCCUAACUUAUUGGACAGGAUUGGAUCUGCCUUGUCUGUACCUGGUCCAGUUUGUCAUCUUUGGCCGGCUGCAGGGUCGUGCGUGGUGUGCGUCGUCCUCCUUGUACCAUGGAAAGAUGCGACUUGAUUCCGUGUCCGUAAUCUGUGGAUCAACCUGGUCAGCGGCUUCGUGCUUGACCUUGCAGGCACGGCCAAUCGGUCAGGUAUGCCGACCUGUGCCGCCGUGCUAAUACGGGCCAACCCUUGGACUUCGUUCUUCAUAGGCGUCUGGCUAACAGAGCACAGGCAUAUGGUGUACGUCUUAUCUAUAAACGUAAGGUGCUCCCCGUAUCUCAUGUUCUACCACAAGAAGCCCACCAACUUAUUUUGCACUCACGCCAGUUCAGCAAAAUCAAACACCAGGCCAGCUUGCGCGAAACCAUAGUGGCAUAGUCCAAUGGCAUCACAAAUUGACAGCCACCGCGCCGACGCAGAGGUCGUCAAUGGCGACGCCAUCUGCAGGAAGAGGGCCGUCGAGCUCCUGGAGGAGCUUGGCCUCCCAAAGGGCCUGCUGCCCCUGGAGGACAUCGAGGAGUUCGGCUACAACCGUGGGGAUGGGUUCAUGUGGCUGGUGCAGAGGAAGAAGAAGGUGGAGCACACUUUCAAGAAGAUCAAGCAGACCGUGUCGUACGCCAGCGAGGUCACGGCUUUCGCCGAGAAGGGGAAGCUGAAGAACAUCGCCGGCGUCAAGACCAAAGAGCUAUUCCUAUGGCUCAGCGUGGUGGAGGUCUACGUUCCCGAGUCCUCGCCGGAGAAGGUCACCUUCAAGACGGGCACCGGACUCUCUGAUAGCUUUGAUGCCACUGCCUUCGCGCUUGGAGAAUGAUGGCCACAUUUGUAUCUUUAUUUUGGAUUACGAACAUGUAGCUGUCUUCACUCGAUAUUGGUUCUGUUCAUCAUAUUUGCUAGCAUAAGUUCAGUUAAUAAGAAGCUGUAAUAAUGGAAUACUCGCCGACAAGAUGCCAUGCAGAAUUUUAUAGGAACUCGCGCUUUAUGAUUGGAAAAAAAAGAUGCAAAUGUAUUC